AUGAUCCACAAGGAAAUAAUUGGUGGUGUUGAAAUUCCAAUAAGCGAAGAAAAUUUACCAGAAAUAUGCAGAAAGCUCGACGAAGCUGAGAUUCGCAUCAACAAAGAAUUGGAGCAAAUGCUGCAAAAAUAUUGUUACGUUGAAGCUAAACUCCAAAGUAUCAAUAAAAUAUUGCCAAACGUCGCUUUGAUUCGUUCAGAAGGCGAAGACUUUCGUGACACUAUAGAGAAAACCAAUAGAUUAGCUGAAACAGUCAGUGCCAAAGUCAGAAAAUUGGAUUUAGCCAGGAGUCGAGUAUGCGAGUGUCAAAGCAGAGUCCAUGACAUUUUAGACCUCCAACUUUGCUCAGAAGGCGUAGCAACUGCUUUGAGAAACGAAGAUUACGAACAAGGAGCAGCUCACGUCCGCAGGUACCUAUCAAUGGACCAAAAAAUUCUAGAAAGAACUGCAGAUGAUGUAUCAGAAGACCGAGUUACUAUUGCAGGCUCUCUGGCGACUUUGCAACAAGCAGCUUCGCAGUUGCGAACUGUCGUCACCAGGAAGUUCGACGACGCAGUAAUGUCUGAAGAUCUUGCAUCAGUGGAGCGUUUCUUUAAAAUAUUUCCUCUGCUAGGAAUGCACGAUGAAGGGUUGGGUAAAUUUUGCUUGUACUUGUGCUCCAAACUGCAAGAAACAGCGCAAAAAAAUUUGCGCUCUGCUUUUGAAGUCAAAGUUAAUGAUGACAGAGCUUCUGUGGUGUAUGCUGACACGAUGACGUUGUUAUUCGAAGGGAUUGCUCGGAUAAUUGAAAUUCACCAGCCGAUAAUUGAGACUUACUACGGUCCGGGGAAGCUACUGAAGACUGUGACUAUUUUACAGAAGGAGUGUGAUAGGCAAAUUAAAAAGAUCUUUGCAGAGUUUAUGAAGAACCGCGGAAUUUCUAAGAAAGUCCAGUCAAUUAACGAGUACAUGCGCAAGCAGAUGACCGAAAAAACAGACCCCAAGACUCUGGAUUUAUUGUUGCAGGAGUUAACAUUAAUGCACACAAGAGCUGAGUUGUAUAUAAGAUUCUUGAGAAGAAGAGUGGUCAAUGAUUUAACUGUGGCUAGCUCAGAUGAAGAACUGUGUAAGCAGCAGGUUAAUGAAUUUGAGUCGAUGAUUAAAAACUCUGAGCUGUCCCAUGCGAUGCAAGAAGUCCUGGGUGCUUAUCUUGCGCUUGAAAGAUAUUUUUUGGAGGAAAGUGUUAAUAAGGCCUUGGGGAUGGACACGCUGGACCAAGACCAGCAGACGUCGAGUAUGAUUGAUGAUGUGUUUUACAUUGUCAAAAAAUGCGUGAGACGCGCCAUUUCUAGCUGGAGUGUCGACGGAGUUUGUGCUGUUGUCAAUAUGGCCUGUGGCAUCCUGGAAGGAGAGUUUGCUAACAGAUUAAAGUCAAGGCUGCGGCAAGGAUAUCCUGCUGGGUACCUAGACUUGGCUCAGGCUUACAGCGCGCUCCAGAGUAGCAUACAGCAAGGUCGCCUCCAAACGUCAGACACUGAGUAUGCAAGACUCAUGUUUUUGGCUUAUUUGAAUAACGCAGAUGUCAGUAUUGAGUACGUGGAGACACUGAGCAAGAGCCUCACUGCAGACAUCGACGCUGCUUUUCCUUCGUUGCAACAAAAAGAUCGGGAUAAAAUAGACAGCUGCUUGGCGGGUAUGAAAGGUGUUACCACUACCUUGCGCGCGGUAAUUGAUUACGGAAUGGAACAAUUGAGAUCGAGUGCUGUCAAACCGAGAAUUACGCCUUGGGUAGACUCGUUUCUCUCGGUUAAUCAUCAGGUUAAUGAAGAUGAGCUACUUAGAUAUGAAACAGAUGAACCUUUUGUGCAGACUCUGGUGAUGAAUCUUGAAGGAUUGUUAGAGGCUUUCAAAAGCAGUUUAACUACGGCGAAUUAUGAUGCGCUCAUUGGAAUUCUUACGUCUGAAGUUACUAUACGAUUGGAAAAAGUUGUUUUAAAAUCGACGUUUAAUAGGGCUGGAGGACUUAUUUUGGAUAAAGAAAUAAGAUCAUUGGCGAGUUAUUUAGCCGCUGCAACUUCGUGGUCUGUGAGAGAUAAAUUUGCUAGGCUUACGCAAAUAGCUACAAUAUUAAGUAUCGAAAAAGUUGAAGAAUUGGCUGAUUAUUGUGGUAGUGAUGCCAUUGCGUGGCGUUUGACACCUGCUGAAGUUAGAAAAAUAGCGGCAUUGAGAACAGAUUUACGUCCUGAUGAUAUUAAAAGGCUUAAAUUAUAA